AUGAAGAAAUUGAAUGAUAAUUGUGGUGUACUUGUCUCAAUAGCAAAUGAAGAAGAGGGUAAAGGGGACCUAACUGACAGUAAAUGUGGCUUUAAAGUUAUGCUGCCAAAUGACUUCAGCUCUGAAUUAGAUCAAUUUGCUGCUCUGAAUUGGGGUUUGGGCUUUGAUGCAGAAUUUUCAAUGGGGGUACCUGUGGAUCCUCUUGAAUGGCAGAUUUCUCAGGAUACAUCCAAUAGCAUUUUCGCCUACCUGGCUAAUACAAUCGGGGCAGCUGAAUCUGUCUUGAGGGUCGCUGCAACAGGCCAUGACAAAAGGCUAUUCUUUAAGGUGAUUGCUAUUCUGUAUCUCCUGGCAUCAUUGGGAAGAUUGGCAUCAGGAGCCACUAUUGCAUAUGCUGGAUUAUGCAUAUUCUGUUUGUACCUUUUGGUCGAAAGCUCCCAAUUAUUCCGUCACAUCACUGCUCGGUUUUUCAGAACAAGAGACACCCAUCAUAUCUUGUUGAAUAUAUUAUUAUUGUCCAACAGAAAGAGAUUUCACUCCAAAGCCUUGUUCUUUAUUUGUAUUAUUAUUGAAUCUGAAUCAGAUUCUCACUGUGCAAUUGUUUCUUUUCUAUUUGGGAAGAUUAAAAGUAUAUAUUUUCACUCAAUAGUCAAUAUCCAAUUAUUCUCAUGUCAAAGUAAUUGCAUUGUUAAUGGAGCUUAGUACCAUUCUUAUCAUACAACCCUUUUCUCAACCAAUCUAAUACUGAAAGUUAUAUUUUCUGGUUCUGCUUUCUCACCUGUUCAUCCUGUCUAAGUUGCUAGAUAUGGACCAAUGCUCCAAUCAAGAAAUAAUCUUAUCUUGAGGUCUGACGUUCAAUUAUUUCUUGCUUAUCAACCAAAGCAAUAGGAGACAUUGUUUACUUGUCUAGCAAAGUGAUUAUGCAAUACUUUUGGAAAGCUAGUGUUCAGUAAUUCAAUACUUCCAUACAUUGUUUAGUGAUGUUUUUGCUCUCUUCGAUGAUCUCUACCUCUU